AUGGCCACUGCACCGAAAGAGGCAGAAAAUCCUAUUGGCUUGGAGGAAAUCCACGUGGAGAGACAAGAACCCCCAAAAGGGCAGAAGACAUUUACAGUGGAAGAAGCUGUGGAAACCAUUGGGUUUGGGAAGUUCCACAUCGUGCUUUUCCUGAUCAUGGGCAGCACUGGGGUGGCUGAAGCCAUGGAGAUCAUGCUAAUAGCUGUUGUGUCCCCUCUCAUCCGAUGUGAGUGGCAGCUUCAAGACUGGCAGGUGGCUUUAGUGACAACGAUGGUGUUUUUUGGCUACAUGAUCUUCAGCAUAGUGCUCGGGCUCCUGGCUGACAGGUAUGGCCGCUGGAAGAUUCUGCUUCUCUCAUUCCUCUGGGCAGCCUAUUUCUCCCUGCUGACCUCGUUUGCCCCAUCCUACAUCUGGUUCGUGUUCCUGCGGGCCAUGGUAGGCGGUGGCGUGUCGGGCCAUGCGCAAGGGCUUAUCAUAAAGACGGAAUUUUUGCCCACCAAAUACCGUGGAUACAUGUUGCCCUUAUCUCAGGUGUUUUGGUUGGCAGGUUCCUUGUUAAUCAUUGGCCUGGCAUCAGUGGUGAACCCAACCAUUGGCUGGCGGUGGCUGAUCAGAAUUGCCUCCAUCCCUGGCAUGCUUCUCAUUCUGGUGUUCAAGUUCAUCCCGGAGUCGGCGCGCUACAACAUCUCCAUGGGAAACAUGGCGGCUGCCCUGGCCACGCUGCAGAGGAUAGCCAAGAUGAACAGGGCAGUGAUGCCUGAGGGGGUGCUGAGGGAGCCUGCCAAGGAAAGGAGAGGAAGAUUCAAGGACCUCAUCCACCCCAAAUACCUCAGAACCACUUUGCAGAUAUGGAUCAUAUGGUAA